AUGCUUUUGCAUCAGCUGCACGGAUGGUUUUCGGAAAAAAUCUUGCCUUCUGCGGCAUUUAGCGGGAAGUCGCUGCUCCGGAAGCCUGCAAGAAGAUGCCGCAUGGCAAGCGUUGGAAAAAUGCAAUCGCUUAUGCUUGCGAUGCUAGCAGAUCUGGGGUUACCUCAGACAAUGUCCGCAGGCGGGGAUCACACUUGUGCCGUUGGGACUGACGGCCACCUUGUUUGCUUUGGACGAAACCAUGACGGGCAGUGCAAUGUGCCAGACAAUUUGGGGCCCGUUAUGGCUGUCUCAGCAGCUGCAUCUCACACAUGCGCAGUGAAAGUGGAUGGUCAACUAGUAUGUUUUGGCAAUAACCAUGACUUCCAGUGCGACGUGCCACCCAAUUUGGGACCAGUUGUUGCAGUUGCCGUGGGUAAUCAUCACAGCUGCGCUGUGCAAGCAGAUGGUCAGCUUGUUUGCUUUGGCCUCAACAAGUUUGGCCAGUGCGAUGUGCCAAAAGCGCUGGGACAAGUUCGGUCAGUUUCUGCUGGGGGCCAUCAUACCUGCGCUGUGACAGCAGAUGGUCGGCUGGUUUGCUUUGGGAUGGAGUUUCAUGGUCAAUGCAAGGUGCCACAGAAUGUAGAGCCAGUCCUGGCCGUGUCUGCAGGCAGUAGCCACACCUGCGCAUUAAGAGCAAAUGGUCACCUUGUCUGUUUUGGCCAUAAUAAGUACGGCCAGUGCGAUGUUCCAGACGGUUUGGGCCCAGUUCGUUCUUUUUCUGCGGGGACUGGCUACACCUGCGCGGUGAGCACAGAUGGGCGGCUAUUCUGCUUUGGCAGAGAUGACCAAGGUCAGUGCGAUGUUCCGGAAGGUGCUGGUCAAAUUGCUUCAGUUUCUGCAGCUGUUGAACACUCUUGCGCAGUGAGACUAGAUGGGAAGCUGGCAUGCUUUGGUUCAAACAACUUCGAUCAGUGCAACGUGCCAGACAACGUGGAUAUGGUCCUGGCCACCUGA